UUGUGCGUGUGUGCUGUGUGGAUUCUCUGGCACAAGAUGUCAGUGAAGACAGCAGGGUGAGGCAGGGUGACAGCAAGGCACUAGCACCUGGACUUUGGGAUCAUUACUGUCUGGCUUGCUAUAUAAGCUGCACAACCUCAUGAACUGAAAACAAGCACCAUCAAGUGGACCUGCAGAUACACUCGAAUCCUCAGGUCUAGGAACCAUGAAGGUCCUUGUUGUGCUCGCCCUAGCUAUUUUCAGUGGCUGUCACGCCAAUCUCUUCUAUGCUGAUGCACCCAAGCCACAGCUGGAAGUGCUGACAGAUGCUUUCUGGGACUAUGUUGCCAAAGCCACCCAGACAGCUGACGACACCCUCCAGACGAUCAAGACAUCUCAGUUUGGACAGGAAAUCAGCGCACAACUGACAGAAGGCACUGAAGUAGCCAGAAAGUACGCAGCAACCCUCCAGGAGCAGUUUCAACCUACAGCUCAGGACCUGAUCGCCAAAAUCACCACAGAGGCUGAUGUGCUGAAAGCGCGUGUGACCCAAGAACUGAGCUCAGUCAGGGACAAGCUGGAGCCCUACACCGAGAACAUAAAGAUCCAAGUCGAGCAGAGAGUGGAGCAGCUCAAACAGGAGCUGGCCCCAUACACAGAAUCCCUGGACUCCGAGGCCCUGAGGACCACCCUGAUGCAGAAGAGCGAGGAGUUGAAGGCCAUGGUGGAGCAGAGUGUGAUGAACCUGCAGGCUCAGAUGCCUCCCUACACUGAUGACCUGAGGCAGAAGGUUGAACAGCACCUGGAGGAUUUCAAGAAGCGUGCAGUCCCUUUGACAGAGAGGUUCCAGGCUCAGUUAAGUCAGAGAGCCCAGCAGGCGCAAGACCUGGCCACCCCCUAUGUUGAAGAGCUAAGGGAGAAGCUGGACCCCUACACCCAGGACCUCCAGAGUCGUCUUGCCUCCCUCUACGAAUCCUUUGUUAAAGCCAACUAAGUCAACCUUCACCUCACGUUUAACAAAAACAAACUGCAUCUAAAGCAAAAAUUCUCUGAUUUCAAGAACACAUCCAUGUUGUUAACAAUAGGACAACACAAGCUCCCUAGUUUUGAAAGAUGCCUACAGUUAUAUUUACAGUAUUAAAAAAAAGACAAAUAUAAAUAUAGAUCAUUGGUUUGUGACAAUCCAGUGUUCCCCUCUUCUGUAUUAUGGAAAUAAAGUAAAAAAAAAAAACAUGAGCUUGAGUGUCUGUUGUGCUAUUUACAGAGUCAUAGUGAAAUCAUGAAUUAGUGGUGAUGAGGUGUAAGGAUGCCAAUUUUUUUGUUUCUAGCAAACUAAGGCAUGUAAGUAU